AUGAGCCCUCGACCACCCUUUGUUCGUGAUGGCCACCCGGACCGUGCCCCCCGGGUUAUAUACCAAGAUGGUGACUGUGAUGAGUCCGCCAGCAUCGACUUCGAGAUGAAGCGCAAAAGAACUGCCUCGGCCAACGCGGGAAGUGAUAAUGCACAGGCACGCCAGGCACACAAUGAUAUCGACAUCACAGCACAUCCAACCGGCAAUGAACCGGCCGUGCCCAAGGACGGCUUGGUCCUGGGAGGUGGUCAAACGAUCAAGCUCAUGCUGGUGCCCGACAAGCCGCCGGCUCCCCCACCACCCCCUGCAAAGGAGAAGAAGCCGCACCCUCAAGCCAAGAUGAAGAAAUUCUGGAAGAACUUCGAUCCCGAGUACACCGGGAAGGUUACUCGGGUUCUUCCCGACCGCAUCACCGAAAAGGAUCUCAGCGCCGUCACCCUCGUCGGCGAAAUUGCUCACAAGGCCAUCAAGUCAUACGAGGACGCCAAAGAAGCCUGCAUUCGCGAUGUGAAACGGAUAAUCAAGGAAUGUCGAGCCGCAAACCAGAAGUACACCGAUUCGCAUUGGGAUAUCGAAAGGGAUCUCAAAAUCACGCGGAUCAGGGAUUGCCUGGACGGCCUGGUCAUCGACGACGACGACAAGGAGCACCCUGCUGAUGCAAAACGGGUCACGGACAUUUUUGACGAGCCAAAAUUCUAUGUGAACGGAGCCUCAUACGACGACAUUCUGCAAGGAUCGGCCGGAGACUGCUGGUUCCUCGCUGCCAUUUCUGCUCUCGGCUGCAACCAGGAGUUCAUCGACCGUGUCUGCGUCAUUCAAGACCAGGCUGUCGGAGUCUACGGUUUCGUCUUCCAUCGAGACGGUGAAUGGCACCAGUGCAUCAUCGACGACAAGCUGUACCUUCGGGCUCCUGCAUACGAUGAGAGCGGAGACGUCGUCCUGACCCAAUAUGGAAUACGUCGACCCGACCAGGAGGAUCAAUAUCAGGAACUCUUCCAGCGCGGCUCCAAGUCCCUGUACUUCGCCCAAUGCCGCGAUCAGAAUGAGACCUGGGUCAGUCUCCUCGAGAAAGCCUACGCCAAGGCCCAUGGCGACUAUGCCUCCAUUUCUGGUGGUCAGACAGGAGAAGCCAUCGAGGACCUUACCGGCGGAGUCACGACGGAAAUCUACACAACCAACAUCCUCGACCCCGAGGCGUUCUGGAAAGACGAGCUCAGCCGCAUUGGCAAAGAUUUCGUGUUCUCUUGCGCUGCUGCACGCUGGCGUGAAUGGCGCCCUUAUCUCGUCGCGAACGAAAAGGUCCGCGAGGAACGCCGUUCCGGCAUCGUCAGUCAACACGCCUAUGCAGUCCUGGACGUGUACGAGGGUCACGGCCAGCGACUGGUCAAGAUUCGCAAUCCCUGGGGUCGCAAAGAAUGGACGGGCGCCUGGAGCGAUGGCUCGAAGGAGUGGACGGCCGAGUGGUUGACCAGGCUGAGCCACCAAUUCGGCGACGACGGCAUCUUCUGGAUGACCUAUAAGGACAUGCUCUGCAAGUACAAGUACAUCGACCGGACGCGCAUCUUCGGCCCCGACUGGCACGUCGCGCAGCAGUGGAUGUCCGUGCAAGUGCCCUGGAGCACGCUCGACUACCAGACCAACCACUUUUCCAUCGACGUACCGGAAGACACCGAUGCCGUGAUUGUGCUCUCGCAGCUCGACGACCGCUACUUCAAAGGCCUGCAGGGCAAGUAUAACUUCACGAUGCAGUUCCGGGUGCAGAAGGACGACGACGACGAAGAGGAGUAUCUCUCACGAAGCAAGCUCAACUAUGAGCUUGUGCGGUCGGUGAACGUGGAACUCCACCUAACCAAAGGCACGUAUACCGUGCUCAUCAAGGUCGAGGCUCAGGCCACCAGCCGUGGCGAGGUCGAGGACGUCAUCAGGAAGAACAUCCACCGCCGCGACAAGAUCACGCAGAUCGGCAAGCUCUACGACCUAGCCCAUCAAAAGGGCCAGCUGCCCAUCGCGUCAUCCACGUCAGGGUCAGGGGUGUCCUCGGCCUCGGCGUCUGGCACCUCCACCCCUGUGCCUGGCGGUGUCCGCACCCCUGCCUCAGCAGCGUCUUCCACCGCUUCUGUGUCUGAAGCAGCGAAGAAAGACGAAGACGACAUCGAGAAGGACCCGAACCGCAACCCGUGGAACGCGAGCUGCGUGGUCGGUCUCCGCGUGUACAGCAAGCACUCGGACCUGGGCCUCAAAGUCAUUGUGCCAUCGAAAGACGACAUCAACGAGAUGCCGACGCUCGACCGGGACGACGUCGCCAAGAGCGCAAUGGACGAAGUCCAAGCCGUGGCUGACAAAGUCGGGGAGAAGAAGGAAGGAGACGACGAGGAACACACCGGGGAUGAGGAAGCCACAACGACCGACCAAAGCUCUACGAAGCACAGCGUCAAAAGGCCCAAGGCCGUGGAAGAAAGUGACAAUGAUGACGACGAAGAUGACGAAGAUGAGGAGGAAGAGGAAGACGAUGAUGAUGACGACGUCGAGUAA